AUGGAUGAGAGGUGGUGGAACAAGGCAGCCUUUGAAUUUGCUUAUUCCCUUUUUGUUGAACUUGUUAAUGAUGAGCUCAUGAGCAACUAUCACAGUGGUCAGAGUUUGGGUCAGUUUCAGAGAUACAUAAAGAAAAGGCCGAAAGAAGCUCUUGGUUGUAAGGGGUCUUUGUUGUUCAAAGGUUGCCACUCCCAUAUAUGUUGUCAUGAAGGGAAUAUUGUUGAGUGGGAUGGGAAGGUCUCUAAUGGAGUUCAUGUGGAGAGGACAAAGGUUUGUGAUUGA